AUGGACGGCCCUCAGAAGCAAGAGUUUCACGUCCGCGAUCUGCCCACCCGUUCUGUCACUCUUUUCCCCACCCGAGCCCAGAUUGUCCGUGAGAUCAAAGACAUUGCCCUGAAGCCAGGUGCAAACGAGAUUACCGUCAUUGGAGUAACCCCCACUGCUGAUGAGCACUCCAUCAAGGUCGAGGGAACAGGCUCGGCUAUCAUCACUGAUAUCACCGUCGAGCUUCUGCCGAACCGGGACAUCUUUGAAGAGAUCUAUCCUGAUUCGGACUCGGACUCUGACAAGGACGAAUCUGAAGAGGAUGACGACGACGAGGACAGGGUCAAUUCGGCGCUGGAAGAUGUUCGGGACAAGUUGGUGGCCCUGACUGACGAGCAAAAGAAGGCCAAGGAGGUGAUCGCUAGCGCCGAGACCCGGCUGAAGCUGCUUGAUGCCUACGGCAAGUCCCUGGACAAAAAGCGUGGCGUUGACAUUGAGGGCUGCCUAGAAAUCUACCGCACCGAGCGCGAGAAGGUCUUCCUGGACCACAUGCAUGGCACUGCCCGCGAUCGCGAGCUGGCGAAGGAGAUCAGUAAGCUGCAACGUGAGGAGCGGCGUCUGGAGAAGCUCGAGGCGAAGGAGGAAGAAAAAGCUGCAAAAGCAAAGGCCAAGGUCCAGAGGGCCAAGUCCAAGCUGAAGGAGAAGCAGCGGCGCCGCGAGGAGGAACGGCGCAAGGAGAAGACCCGCAUCCGCAGAGAACGCGAGCAGUUCUGGCCCCGCUGCUGCUACAGUGUUCGCAUCACUCUCGAUGCCACCAACUUCACCCCAGGUUCAUCUCGUCGGAGCUCCAUCGCCAGCCUCGCCGAUGUAAAGAUGAUCUCCGAAAAGGAUUGCAGCAGCCCGGCCGACGACGGCGCCACCUUGACUUGCGACCUGUCGUUGUCUUACGUGACUUCGUCGGCUUUCUGGUCACCUAGUUAUGAUUUAGCCCUGUCCACCACGACAAACACGGCUACGCUCUGCUUCGACGCGCAGCUGACCAAUAUGACCUCAGAGACGUGGUCCAACAGCAAGGUGAUUCUAAGCACGUCGCAAGCUACCUUCUCGGGCUUGCAGGAUGACGUCCCGAGUCUGGUGCCCUGGCGUCUCAAGCUGGUAGGCCGGGGGGCACCAUGGGACGGAGUUGACAUUGUUCACAGUCGAGAGGAACGAAAUCAGAAAGAGGUCUACAAUGCCGCACAGAAUGCCCUGGGUCUGCAGAAGCCCCGGGCGGCUCUGUUCGGGCAAAGUAUGCAACGGCAGAUGGCACCGCAAGCACCGCAAGCACAGCAAGCACCGCAAGCACAUACGAACCCUCAACCCUCUCUCUUUGGGACUUUGCAUGGGGGCGCCGCGAGCAAUGUAAACGUGCCAUCUGCUGGGGGCUUGUUUGGCAACAGCUCUAGCAAUGCGAACACGUCUUCUGGCAGUGGCUUGUUUGGGAGCCGUGUAAGCAAUGCGAACACGGCACCCGCCGGAGCCUUGUUUGGCAGUAGCACAAGCAAUGCAAACGUAGGAACUGGCGGGAAAGCAGCGAAACCAGCCCCGCCGUCCAUGUCCACGGCGGUCAAGAAAUCCAGAGCCAGCGGCGUCUCCGGUGAACAGCUCAGGGCGAACUACGAAUCCGAACCCGCCGGAGAGGACGAAGACGAUGAGGAAAACGACGGCCAGACGAUGCUCGAGCCUACACCCGAGGUAGCGUUCCAGGAAUCCUCCUUCGAGGAGACCGGCCUGACGGCAACCUACGACGUGCCCAACCUCAAGACGCUCAAGCCGAGCUCGACAGCAUCUAAGCAGCGCGUCGCGCGCAUCUCGUUCGCCAACGUUGUCUUCUCCCGCACCGUCGUGGCCAAAUACAAGCCGGCGGCGUACCUCAAGGCGCGCCUUCGCAACACGAGCAAGCUCACCCUCCUCCGUGGCCCCACGGGACUCACGCUGGACGGCACCUUCAUGGGCCGCUCCACCCUCCCCCGCUGCAGCGCAGGCGACAGCUUCAACAUGCCGCUGGGCGUGGACCCGGCCAUCAAGGUGGCGUACCCGAAGCCCGACGUCACGCGCAGCACCACGGGCGUGUUCUCCAAGGGCGAGAACUCGGUCUAUACGCGGAGCGUGACGCUGGUCAACACGCGCGCGGCGGCCGGCAAGCCCGUGACCAUCACGGUGCUGGACCAGGUGCCCGUGUCCGAGGACGAGAAGCUGCGGGUCGAGGUGCUCCACCCGCCGGGCUUGUCCUCUACCUUGGCCUCGGGCAAGCCCGUCGCUACGGGCGUGCCGGGCAAGGACACGGACAAGGACUGGGGUAAGGCGACGGCCGUGCUGAAGAAGGCCGGCGAGGUGUCUUGGGACGUGGUGCUCAAUGCUGGCAAGAGCGUGAAGCUGUUGCUGCAGUAUGAGGUUGCUUUUCCGACCGGGGAGAGGGUUGCGCAGUGUUAG